AUGGGGCGUAAGAGCACACUCAACGUCCUUUCUUGCCUUACGUAUGCUGCAACUCCUUUUCAUCACCGCAUUUUGUUUCCUUCGCAAGCGCUUCGAGGACACGUCCGCAACGUGCAGGUUGUCCAUACGUGCGCCAUAUCUCCAAGCGCAUACGCCUUGUUCUUUUCCAUCACCAUUAACAAUGGCUGCGGCUCAAUCUUAGCAAUACACGCUACCUCCACUGCAUCCUUUGCUCCAAACCAGCUAUCGACGUUAGACAAAAGUGGUACUCCGCAGUCUUUCAACCUCGGUGAUCUCCCUUGUCCUCCGUCGAGUGUUAUAUUAGAACCCGGGAAAUCAUUCCAGCCUUUGUUUUCAUGGCAAAACCAGUGGCCUGAUUUCGCCGAUCCUUCAAUUGUCCGAGAUUGCAAAGUAAUGGCCGGCCUCGACGGUUGGCUAGAUCCUCCGCACGCUCUUACCUUGGCAAUAGGAGGCCUCGGAUCGCCUGGCAAACCAGGAAGUCCACACCAUGGCCGCCUAAGAAGGGUGCCAGCGCAUGCACAAGCGACAUCUUGGGUUCCAGCGAGGACUACGAUGGCGGCCUAG